CAUCUUUGGAGCCUUGGAUGGAGAUAAUCGAAAGGGUGAAUGCCGCGGUCGCAGACAGUGCGAAAAACUUCAAGACUACGCGCGUGCAGUUGGAAAAGGGCAAACUGAUGCACUUUGCGAAGUUCUACGUGCCUGCGGUCCUGCCGGUGGUAGCGGGAAUGCUCUGCGACUGGCAGUACACCGGGGGUGCGAUCUGGCGCGCUCUUCCCCAAAGCUGGGCGUCCGGCGGAGAAGGUAGUAGUAGUACCACGACGAAUUCACCAGCGAGCACGUGGUCCAGCAGCCGACGCCGGCGUUCUCUAUUUAGUCCGAGCGACAGUUUUGACGCCCAACAGCACGGAGACGGCGCAGCAGCGGCGAUUUUUGCCCUUAUGGCAAUUGCUGCUGCGGCGGCGCUCGCCAUCACAGUUCCAGCGACAGCAAGCGGAGC